GUGUCAGCGGAGGGAUCUGCAGUCCCUGGCGCUGCAGCAGCUGCCGCCUGACGGUGCGUAAAAACCCUUCCGCCUCGCUGGUUAGUCCCGGGUCUGUCCCCUCUCUGAGGCAGCAGGAACCUUCCUCUCAUGAAACCACUUUAAAGAUUAAACCUGUCCCACUCUCACAGGAGGGUUCCUGACUCCUCCGUGGGGUUUCACAGCCUGAGGAGGGAGGAGAGGAGGACCACAGCGACGCGGCCGGAGCGGCGGAGGGGGCGCGCACAGCAGCAGAAACGCGUCCAGCUCCUCCUGCUGACAUUUCCUCCCCCGACACAGAGGCUGAGGCUCGGACUCACAGAGCGCAGACAUGCCGGGCAUGAUGGAUAAAGGAUCAGAGUAUCUGGGGAAGGGUCGGUCCAACGGAACCAAGAGUCCAUCCAACGCGUCCAACGGACACUUCUCCGAGGAGAGCGGCAGCGACGACGAACACGAUGUGGGGAUGCGGGUCGGAGCGGAUUAUCAGGCCAACAUCCCGGAGUUCGAGCCCGGUUCCACUAAGUACUCUGAUAAAGACAGCGGGGGGAUGCUGGUCUGGUCUCCGUACCACAACAUCAUCGACUCAAAGUUGGACGAGUACAUCGCUAUCGCCAAAGAGAAGCACGGAUACAACGUGGAGCAGGCUCUCGGGAUGCUCUUCUGGCACAAACACAACAUCGAGAAGUCUCUGGCCGACCUCCCAAACUUCACCCCGUUCCCAGACGAGUGGACGGUGGAGGACAAAGUUCUGUUCGAACAGGCCUUCAGCUUCCACGGGAAGAGCUUCCACCGGAUCCAGCAGAUGUUACCUGAUAAAUCCAUCUCCAGUCUGGUGAAGUAUUACUACUCCUGGAAGAAGACCCGAUCCAGAACCAGUCUGAUGGACCGGCAGGCCCGGAAACUGGCCAACAGGAGCAACCAGGACGACAGUGACGAGGAGAUGGAGGAGGCCAAUCCCAUCGAAGCAAACGACAGCGACUACGACCCGAACAAGGAAGCCAAGAAAGAGAACCAGGUGGAGCCGGUGGUGCCGGGCUCUAAGGUGGCGUUGGGUCGGCGGGAGCAUCAGACCCUGCAGCACCGACACCACCAGCGCUCCCGCUGCCGCCCCCCUAAAGGCAUGUUCCUGACCCAGGAGGACGUGGUCGCCGUGUCCUGCAGCGCCUCUGCUGCCAACACCCUCCUCCGUCAGCUGGACAUGGAGCUGGUGUCCCUCAAGAGACAGGUGCAGAACGCCAAACAGAUGAACAGCGGGAUGAAACACAUGCUGGAGUCAGGGAUCGAAGAGUUCAGACUGCUCGAGGGGAACCAGAAGGUGAACGCCCGCUGGACCACGGACGAGCAGCUGCUGGCGGUUCAAGGUGUGAGGAAAUACGGGAAAGACUUCCAGGCCAUCGCCGACGUCAUCGGGAACAAGACCGUGGGCCAGGUCAAGAACUUCUUCGUGAACUACCGGCGGCGGUUCAACCUGGACGAGGUCCUGCAGGAGUGGGAGGCCGAGCAGGGGACACGAGCGCCCAACGGGGACAGCGCCACCUCUGGAGAGGAGGGCAAGAACAGCUCCACCACUCCGUCAGGGAAGAGCACCGACGAAGAGGACGAAGAGGGUCAGGUGACCUCGUCCGGCGCGUCUCCUGCUGCCUCCACUUCCUCUUCGGCUCAGAUCCCGGUGACGUCCAGCACCUCCGCUUCCUCCUCCUCCACCUCCUCCUCCUCCCUCCACCAGCCUCCCCCCCUCCUGCGGCCCUCCCUCCCCGCCACGCCCUCACUUCACCGCCAGCCCCCGCCCCUCCAACAGCAGGCCCGCUUCCUGCAGCCGCGCCCCACCCUGCAGCAGCCUCCGCCUCUCAUCCGCCCGUCCAACCCGCUCCCUCCCCGCCUCAACCCCCGCCCCCCCGCGCCCAUGACCCUCUGUGGUAACCCUGGAGGAUCGGGGCCGAGCUCCUCCCAGCAGCAAGCCGGCCACCAAUCAGAGACGGCGUCCUCUUCUUCACUCCACUAACGAACUAUCAGCGAAGAAAGCUCUCUGCUGCGUUCAGGCGCCGUGGGAAAUCUGAGUGACUUUAUCUUUGUUUUCACUACAUCUGAUCAGCUCUGUCCGAUCUCAUGAACACACGGUGACGUGAUCACAGUCAGUGUUCAGGGUCUGAAGUUAGCCUUCGAUCAUCCGUUCAUCCUCAGCAGACGUGUGGCGUCCCUCAGGGCUUGAUGCUGGAUCCCUUUUGAUUUUCAACAGGUUCCCUCCACAGUCCCAGACCGGCCUCACCCUCAAACAGAAACCUCAACAUAUCGUAUCAACGCUCUUAAAGGAGACCAGCGGACACUUACAGCUCGAUGCUGGACGCGGACUCUUUGGAUCCCGGUCCCUGAUUAAGUUUUUAACGCCAACAAAAGAGACCAGGAGAAUAAAUCCUUUCCUUCUGGUCUGAUCAGAUUAAACAUCAGGUCCUGUAAUCUGACCAGAUUAAACAUCAAGUCCUGUAAUCUGAUCAGAUUAAACAUCAGGGCCGGUAAUCUGAUCAGAUUAAACAUCAAGUCCUCGUCAUCAGAUCAGAUUAAACAUCAGGUCCUGUAAUCUGAUCAGAUUAAACAUCAGGUCCUGUAAUCUGACCAGAUUAAACAUCAGGUCCUUUAAUCUGAUCAGAUUAAACAUCAGGUCCUGUAAUCUGAUCAGAUUAAACAUCAGGUCCUGUAAUCUGACCAGAUUAAACAUCAAGUCCUGUAAUCUGACCAGAUUAAACAUCAAGUCCUGUAAUCUGAUCAGAUUAAACAUCAAGUCCUGUAAUCUGAUCAGAUUAAACAUCAGGUCCUGUAAUCUGACCAGAUUAAACAUCAAGUCCUGUAAUCUGAUCAGAUUAAACAUCAGGUCCUGUAAUCUGAUCAGAUUAAACAUCAAGUCCUGUAAUCUGACCAGAUUAAACAUCAGGUCCUGUAAUCCGACCAGAUUAAACAUCAGGGCCUCGUAAUCUGAUCAGAUUAAACAUCAGGUCCUGUAAUCUGAUCAGAUUAAACAUCAGGUCCUGUAAUCUGAUCAGAUUAAACAUCAGGUCCUGUAAUCUGAUCAGAUUAAACAUCAGGGCCUCAUAAUCUGAUCAGAUUAAACAUCAGGGCCUGGUAAUCUGAUCAGAUUAAACAUCAGGGCCUCGUCAUCAGAUCAGAUUAAACAUCAGGGCCUGGUAAUCUGAUCAGAUUAAACAUCAGGGCCUCAUAAUCUGAUCAGAUUAAACAUCAGGGCCUGGUAAUCUGAUCAGAUUAAACAUCAGGGCCUGGUAAUCUGAUCAGAUUAAACAUCAGGGCCUGGUAAUCUGAUCAGAUUAAACAUCAGGGCCUGUAAUCUGAUCAGAUUAAACAUCAGGUCCUGUAAUCUGAUCAGAUUAAACAUCAGGGCCUGGUAAUCUGAUCAGAUUAAACAUCAGGGCCUCAUAAUCUGAUCAGAUUACGACUCACAGGUUGAAUCAAAUCUGGAGUCCGGUUGUUCAAAAGUAAAAAUAAAGAUUACAAAAGUCAGAUUAGAUCAGGUAAAUUUAGUUUUUAUCCUUAGAUUAGGAUUAGUGCUUCAUUACAGAAACUAAAUGUGAUUUAAACUUUUAAACAACAUUUUAAAAAUGAUGGUUUAUUUAUUUAAUAUGUUUAUCUCUCUAACUUUGAAUCUUUAAAUGAACUGAGUGGAUCAAGGACGUAAAUGAAGGGGUUAAAAGUCGUAUAUUUACAGCAUCAAAGUCGUAAACUAAGGGGUUAAAAGUCGUAAAUUUAAAGCAUCAAAGUCGUAAACUAAGGGGUUAAAAGUCGUAUAUUUACAGCAUCAAAGUCGUAAACUAAGGGGUUAAAAGUCGUAAAUUUAAAGCAUCAAAGUCGUAAACUAAGGGGUUAAAAGUCGUAAAUUUACAGCAUCAAAGUCGUAAACUAAGGGGUUAAAAGUCGUAUAUUUACAGCAUCAAAGUCGUAAACUAAGGGGUUAAAAGUCGUAAAUUUACAGCAUCAAAGUCGUAAACUAAGGGGUUAAAAGUCGUAAAUUUAAAGCAUCAAAGUCGUAAACUAAGGGGUUAAAAGUCGUAUAUUUACAGCAUCAAAGUCGUAAACUAAGGGGUUAAAAGUCGUAAAUUUACAGCAUCAAAGUCGUAAACUAAGGGGUUAAAAGUCGUAUAUUUACAGCAUCAAAGUCGUAAACUAAGGGGUUAAAAGUCGUAUAUUUACAGCAUCAAAGUCGUAAACUAAGGGGUUAAAAGUCGUAAAUUUAAAGCAUCAAAGUCGUAAACUAAGGGGUUAAAAGUCGUAAAUUUACAGCAUCAAAGUCGUAAACUAAGGGGUUAAAAGUCGUAUAUUUACAGCAUCAAAGUCGUAAACUAAGGGGUUAAAAGUCGUAAAUUUAAAGCAUCAAAGUCGUAAACUAAGGGGUUAAAAGUCGUAUAUUUACAGCAUCAAAGUCGUAAACUAAGGGGUUAAAAGUCGUAAAUUUACAGCAUCAAAGUCGUAAACUAAGGGGUUAAAAGUCGUAUAUUUACAGCAUCAAAGUCGUAAACUAAGGGGUUAAAAGUCGUAUAUUUACAGCAUCAAAGUCGUAAACUAAGGGGUUAAAAGUCGUAUAUUUACAGCAUCAAAGUCGUAAACUAAGGGGUUAAAAGUCGUAAAUUUAAAGCGUCAGUCAUAAAUAAACGGUAAUAAAUUCUUACAUUUCCGUGAUCAAAGUCUUAAAUUGAGGACACUGAACUUGUUGCGUAAUGAGAUCAAAGUUCUGUUUUUGAGACGUGACGUUAAGGACGGAGUAUUCCGAUGUUUAUGGAACUCAAACUAAAGUACGACUUCCUGUCUUUACAGACGGCUACUCCUCUGAUAUUCUCCUUCAAAAUAAACUUCAGAAAGUCUAACCGUAGAUUAAAACUCGGCUUUUGUCUCGUAAAUUUACGACUUUAUUCUAGAAAGCUCGGGUUUUUCUCUCCAUCGUGGCCCUUUGACUCGGCCGUGUAUUUUUGGCGCCCCCUGUGGUCAAAGUGUGGAACAUGUAGCUCCAGUUAUCCAGAGUUAAAUGAAACCUUUUGAACAACCCGACCCUGGAUGUGGUUUCUCCUUGCUGUCUCUGAAGUGAACACUCCCACCUGUAGGGGGCGCUGAUGAGACUGAGGUCAGGUUUAUGAUGUUUGCUGCGUUCAACCUGAGAAUCCGAUUUUUAAUGAACGAUUUGAGGCGUUAGAAAAUAAACUGACAGACUAGCAGCUGACCCCGGUUCAUCCCUCUGUGGUCACCUGUCAUGGCGGCGUGUCCGUGCUCACAGGAAGUAAAUAUCUUGCAUGGUGUGUGUGUGUGUGUGUGUGUGUGUGUGUGAUGGGCGGAGCUGAAGGCCUCGGUGUCGUGUAGCAGUAGACGUGGACGUGUACAGUUUGGUAUCCAUAUUUGAUUUUAGACACUAAAGCUUCACUCGUCCUGCAGUCUGUGUAAAGCUGAUGUUUUGUGUCCUGACUGUUCUUUUAUUUUGAAAUGAAGAACCUUCAUCAUCACGGUCUGUCUCUUUGUUAUUUAUUCCCCUGGUGGUCCCGGGUCUCUCCGAGUGACCGGGUGUGUACAUUUAUUGUGAAAGUUCUCUUAAUGCUUUUCUGACGAACAUUAAGUCUUUGAGUUUCAGUGGAUUCAACGUUGUUAAAGUGAAGCUGCUGCUGUCUCUAUUAAAAACCACAUUUCUACCAUCA